AUGGCCAAAGACGUUGAUCAACUGCCACGCACACCGGAGGAAGCUUCUCGCACAUGCACGGACUUUUGCUGUGUACUGGUUUUCGCAGGGAUCUUGGCUGACGCUGGACUUUGCUGUUCUCAUGCUAUACAAGAUGGCAAUUUCCAGCGGCUGCAGUCCCUGCCAGACUUUCAAGGUAGACAAUGCUUGGAUAAGUUUGUGUUCUUCCCAUUGCGAAAUGGUGAUCUUGACCUCCAUAGACACGUUUGUGUUGAAACAUGUCCGACAUCGAGCGACAGCACCGUAACAACAUACUUAAAGCCAGACACCUCCAUUCGGCGUCUUGGUACCCUGCUUGCUGCCAUUCCAAUGGGUGAUGCUGCUCCAGAAACAAACAGCUUGCUUAGGCCACCAGGCCAGGCAUUGCCCUCACCAGAUGUGCCAAUUGCAGUCCAAGAGACUUUUGCAACAUCACUUCCUCCGAAUGCUGACUUGCCUCUAACAGACGUGCCAAAUGCACCCCAAAACACCCAGACGGCAGCGUCAGUUGAUCCUAAAACUGACUUGCGGCCACCAGAUGUGCCAAAUGCUGCCCCAAACACACAGACUGCCGCAAUAUCAGUCAGUCCCAAAACAGACUCGCCGCCACCAGAUGUUUCAAACGCAGCCAAAAACACCCAGACUGCAGCAACAUCAGUUGAUCCCAGAACGGACUUGCAGCCACCAGAUGUGCCAAAGGCAGCGCAAAACACCCAGACUGCAGCAACAUCAGUUGAUCUCAAAACAGACUCGCCCCCACAACAUGUGCCAAAUGCAGCCAAGCAAGACCAGACUGCAGCAACAUCAGUUACUCCUCAAGGAGGCCUGCCUCCAGAUGUGCCAAAAUCAGCUCAACAUAGUGAGACUGUAGCAAAAUUGUUGGGUCCAUCCAUUGCAGCGACCACAAUGCUGCCAGGGCUGGAUUCUUCUGCCAUUCCUGUGGCAGAGAUGACGGAACCCGAGUUGCAGGAGGUGUCAUUUGCAGGGUACCGAUCCUUUCCGGUUGCAGGUAUUCUUUGCAUGCCAGAUGGUGCUUCAGAGGAAGUUGUAGACCUGGCACACCGGAAUUGGGCUUUACUGUUAGUUCUGCAAGUAUCUGAUUUGUGGCACCACAAGGAGCUGCUUUUGGUCGCGACAGUGUUGUCCGUUAUCCUUGUUUUGGUAUUCCUAUGUGCUGUAGAGACGUGCGCGGUUUUGCUUACUAAUGCAGCUAUAUCCGCCCUAGUCAUCAUUCCUGGACUUUUUGGAGGCUUGCUCCUGCACAAGGAGCAGCAGGGACAAAUGCCUCAAGCUGCUGAAGACUUGGGAGUUGCCAGCUAUUUGGGCAUCGUGAAUGGGCAUGGUUUGAUCAUCGGCAUUGCUGGAGUAGCUGCAUCUUGCAUUGUUUUGGCAUGUGCAUGUUUCCAAUGUGGCAAAUGCGCUGAAGCGGCUACUGCCGUGCAAGAGGCUGCUGAUUGUUUGAUGACGAUGCCUUCUCUUUUGCUGGAACCUCUAGUCUCCUUGCUGGCGAAGCUUCCCAUUGGUGCCGCUGGAUGCAUGGUUUUCCUGAUGUUAAUCACUUCAGGUGACUAUGGGGUCUCUGUGGACUUAACGCAGCCACAAUCCUUGUUCCACCCGAGCUUUCUGUCUUCAGCCAGUGCUGUCUAUUUUCUGUUUGCGUGGCUGGUCACGAUGGAAGUCCUUCACUACAUUUCGGUUUUCAUUGUGAUAUAUGUUGCUGAAGUAUGGUUCUUCAAGCACUACAAGUGUGCCAAACGUGGUGGCUUUUGUGAAAUGUGCGGGUCAACAUUGAUACUAAAAGGAACAGCGGCUGCCAUGAAACAUUUAGGCUCUCUGAUUUACGCAUCAAUUUUGAUGGCAAUUCUGCGCCCCAUUCGCUGGGUCAUGAAGGCGUUUUUGGCUGCAGAAGAAGUGGCUAGCUACAACGAUGGUGCGGCCUGCAUUUUGGCCGCGGCAACAUGGUUUGUCGACUCGUUCUUGGAGGUAAUACAGAGAAUCUUGGAAUUGACAAGCCAGGUGGCAUUCAUGCAUAUGGCGACCGAUGGAACAGAGGGGUAUUGUGAGUCAACCUCCUAUGCCUGUGAAGUCAUCUUCAACAAGGCUGGGAAAUGGACAGCGGUUGAGGGUGUUGGCACGAUGUUUGUUGCUCUGGGAGUUGGCAGUAUAGCAGCUGGGACUGGCUUCUUGGUGUGGCUGCUGACGAAGACUCUGGACCGAUACACAGAUGUUGACAGCGGUCAGUGUGAUGCCUUGGAGUUCGGCAAACCUUUAGCGCAGCGACGUGCUAUGAAAGACCGGGAGAAGUUUGAGUUUCACCAGAAUCAUGCGGCGCACGUUGAAGAUCAAAUCCAAGCUUUGAAGGAAGAACUCCAGUUGCGGAAGGCACAGAUGCACCUGCCCAAGAAGGAAGAAACUCCUGGGCCUCCUGUCACGACACAGGAUCCUGAAGAAGCCAGGCAAGCCAGAUCAACCCCACCAGAAGAAGCCUCCGUGGGAAGAUCCCAGACAGCUCCAGAGACACAGCUCGGUCGAGAAAAACUGGACACGACCCUGGAAGAUGAUGAGCCAGAGGUGGCCGAGGACUCCCACAUGACACUGAAAGACUACUUCGAUGCAGCAGAUCAAAGGCGAGAGAAGGAAAGACACAAAAGGAUGCAGCGAUCUCAGAUCACCAGUGCCGGACGAUCUCAGGCUGACUCCUCAAGAAGAAGCCCAAGGUAUAGCUGGCGGCGACCGCAGCUGAGUGCUGAGGAGAUUGCACAGAAUCAUGACGAGUAUAGGAAGACGAUUCGGAACAUGCUCAUCGAGAAGUCUGGAGAUAUGGAGGAUGAUCGUGCCACACGCGCCAAGAAAGCCUUUAAGAGGCUAGACCUCAACGGCAGCGGAAAAAUCAGCUUGCAAGAGUUUGCUGAUGGAGUCGCAAGGAUUGGCAUCAAUUGGCAAGAAAUGACUGGAAUGACUCGCACCCGUGAGCUCUUCAAAAUCUUUGAUUUGGACAAAGAUGGUGUUAUAGUUUUCAAUGAGCUGUUCCCAGAGAUGGAAGAGCAGGAGCCAGAGAGGGUAAGCACGCCAGAGUUCUGGAAGCGAUGGGUGAUGAAAAACCGUGAUUUGGAGAAGCCCCGUGAAUGCAAAUGGCAGCCGACCACACCAGAGGCUGAGUUGCAGUUGCUCUUCAGCACAUCUGAAAAACACGAUAAUGCGAGUGAGCUGCGGAAGUGGAUGGCAUCAACAAUCCACAGAUUGAAGAACCGUGGCAAGAGUGAUGCGCGUUGUCGUGAGAUUGUGGCCGCACACCUGCCACGUGGCACUGGGCCCAAAGACCUGGAAGAUGUUCACACCUUCAGCUCUGCAGAAGUAAAGCUGUGCAAGAAGAACUACAAUGACGAGGUGAACGAUCCAGUACGAAAUAUCCAAAAAGUGGUUUACGACAUGCGCGAGCAGAGGCGACAGCUGCAUGACUCGAGACAGAAGUUGUGGUCGCUCACUAUGGAGCCUGUGAUGCGACAGCAAAUACAAGACGAUCGGAAGAGUAUGGCAGCUGCGGUCGGUCUCUCCUUGGGUGGCGGUGGCUCUUCUGCCAAAGAGAAGGAGGGAGACGCUCCAAGCCAGGCGCAGGCCAGGAAGUCAAUCAAGGCCAUCGCUCACCAGUGCAAGAUGGAUGAAGACUCCGUUGACUUUUUGCAUCGAGAGUUUGUGGCCCAAUCCGAAAAGAAUGAGCUCAUUCUCAAGAAGGGCUUCCAGCGGCUUCUGCGCUCCUUAUGUCCGGGACGCACCAUCUCUGAAAGCGACAGCAACUAUUGGUGGGAACAAGCUGUCAAGACAAUGCCGGCACCAGAAGAACAUGCACGGAAGGCUCAAGCAUGUGACUUUGAGCACUUCGUGCAAUGGUAUGCGACCUCAGAGGCUCGCACCGUUUGA